AUGAUUUACGAGGGAAAAGUCGCUAUUGCGUCCUGCAUUUCUUACAUUCUCUUAGUUUUGAUCAUAUUUUAUGAUAGAAGACUCAAGGAAGUUUGGGACUUCGCAACACCAUGCGUUAUCUUUGGCCUGAGUUUUUCUGUAACAUUUUUUGUCCCACAUAGUUCAGUUGUUAAGAGAGCGGCUGCAAUUGGUAAGCUAUAAUUUAUAGUUCUGUCGUCGUCAUUGAUGAAAGCAUAAUAGCGGUUAAAAAAUUCACGUUACCUUCCACGGUCAGGAUAACCACAAGGAAAGGUACAUGCUGCACACGACAAGAAAAAGUCGACAUUUCACGAAAUUUUUCAGGGGUAGACCCAUAUUUCAUAGAAUUCUUUCAGGGGCGGAUCUAGGGGGAGGGUGGGGUGAAUACAACUGGUAUUCUGCAAAAAAAAAGAAAAACUAUGUGAUUUUUAUUGAAUUGCACCCCCCUAAAAAAAAUCCUCGAUUCGCCCUGUUUAUUGAAUUCUUUUAAUACUGGUAAGAACUCAGGUAUGGAUAGCCCGAUAGGCCACUGUCUGCAGUCUUGACUGUAGAUCGUAAUUAUAUAAACUUAUGAUAACUGCAUACAUUAUCUACGAACAUGUUCAAAACUCAAGUAAAACCUGAGGUGCAGGUCUGUCUUUGGGGUCUGUAGCACAGUAAUGCAAAAGUAAUCCCAGGCUGAAAGUUGAAUUUUUAACAAGAGCUGGAAAAUAUCAAAAUGAUUCUGUGUGUGGCCAUGGAGUUUAUUCACUGGGAUUACUGCAGAAGAGUGCACAAGUCUGACACAGACAGAAAUAUUUGGUGGGGUGGUACUGUUACUAAGAUUAUUUUUCAAUAAAAUUUUGCACAUAUGUAAUCUGUAAAUUGUUACAAAAUUAGUAGAUACACUGUUUCAGCCUAUGGGUAUGGGUAAGCUAACAUGUUUGCCUCGUAGUUUUAUAAAAGGCAACCAUUACGUUGUAUUUACUAGAUGUGAUAAUGGCGUAGCCAUUCUACCCAGUAGGCUACCAUUAUUUUCUCCCGCUGGGUAAGAGGCAAUUUACCCAUCCUUACAGCUACGUGUAAAGCUAAUUUACCCGUACCCAUACACAGAAAUGGUGUAUUUCAGGUCUCUAUUGACUUUUGUGCUUUUUACAACCUGCAGGUACUGUCUUUGGAGUUGCCAUCCUGCUCAUCCUUGGUAAUUCAACCUUCAGGUUUUUUGGUUGGUACCUUGCUUCACUAGCAUUCUUUCAUAUCUCUGAGUAUGUCAUGGUUGCUACUUAUAGCCCGGACAAGUUAUCUUUGGACUCAUUUCUAAUCAAUCACAGUCCUGAAUAUCAGAUUGCUGCUGUAGCAAGCUGGAUUGAAUUUCUUUUAGAAUUAUGGCUUUUUCCCUGGAUGAAGAAUAUUGUCAUUUUAAACUUCAUUGGAUUAUUUUUGAUGACUGGAGGAGAAGCACUGCGUAAGCUAGCCAUGAUAACAGCAGAAUCUAACUUUACACAUCUUAUCCAGACUAAAAAGGACACGAAUCAUGUCUUAGUAACACAUGGAAUCUACAGUCUUUGCCGACACCCAGGAUAUGCUGGAUGGUUCUGGUGGAGUGUAGGUAAGUUCACUUAAAACAAAUGCCACUGAAUUGAAAACGGGGGUAACAUGACUGUACGUUGUGCUAACAUCUUGCAAAAACUUUUUCUUAAAACAAUGAAAAACUUUUAGCCUUAGAAAACUGCUGACAUUUUUCAUCGCUGCUGCUAGUUUUUGAUUCAGUUUGUUUAACCCUUUAAACCCUAGGAUCAAAAUUUGAAUUCUCAUAUGUUGCACCUAUUCAUUUCCUAAAAGAAGUAGUGGGGAGAAGUUGAUAAAAUAUCAAGCCAAUUCAUCUGGUGUAAUCAUGCCCGUAAUUCUCAUUACCACUCUGAUACAGACUGACUAGCACUGAUAUUACAAGGAGAAAUUUGAUGCUGAUCACUCUUAGGGCUUAAAGGGUUAUAGGUUGUGAGAAGUCUCUCUUUUGCUCGAAAAUCUGUAGGCGAGAGUAUUUGAGUUGGGAAGUCACACGAGUUGCGAGGGCGCGAGUGAAGUUGUGAAUACGUAUUCACCCCCCUUUUAACUCUUCCCUCACAACUCACCUGACUUCGCUACUCAAAUACUCUUACUUACAGAUUUUUGAGCAAAAGAGAGACUGCUCAAAGUCUAAAAGGGUUAAGGACUUUAGUGUAGCCUGCAUGGCAGACAUUGGAAAGGUUUAAAGGGGAAGGGGAUUUGGGCGUUAGACAGGACACAAGGGAGAAGGGAGGAGAGUUCCUUACCCUCUCCUAUUGUGUGCUGUUCAUGCUUCAUGUGCACCCUUCCCAUUUCUUUUUCAAUGUCUGCCACACUGUCAUGCUAACUUCUGCCCCAAAACAUUCACUUUUCUUGGGCUCCUCACCCCAGAGUGAGAGGAUAUUGGGGCAAAGGUUGUUUAAACUUAUCUAUAGUAUUUAAAUGUCUUCUUAGGUACCCAAGUCACUCUUGUUAAUCCUAUUUGCCUUGUGGCUUACAUCUAUGCUUCCUGGAAAUUUUUUGAUGAUCGCAUCCAUGAUGAAGAAAUAACUCUUAUUUAUUUCUUUGGCGAUGAUUAUUUGGAUUAUCAGAAAAAGGUUCCUGCUACUGGAGUGCCAUAUGUCAAAGGCUAUGAGUUUAAGCCCCAGUUAUGGAAAUAUCACCCGAAAACUGACUCUGCAAAGUUGUGAUGACUGAUAAGUGAUGGCCUGUUCCAGAUAGUGUGGACAGGGCAUAGAGAAGUGAGCAGAAAAAACAAUCUUAAACAAAAUAGAUGGAAAAUUUAGAUCCUCCUUCCUUUCCCUGAAAUGAGGAAUGGAUAAAUGGUGUGUUUUGGUGUUUGCAGAGCUUCAUCCUCUCUUGCAGAAGGAUGUGGGUUGCAUUUUGUUCUGUGCGAGAUUGUAGCUGUUAAAAGAUUGUGCUUUGAAACAACUAACCAACAUGUUGUAGAAUUAUUAUGCAUGUCUUCUCCUUAGCAGUUAUCUUUUAUGUAAGCAUGCACAUAUCAUGCUGAAAAAUACUGCUGGUAACAAACAAAAAAAUGACCAAUGAAAGUGUGAAGUACAAAGUUUUUGAACAAAACAGACAAAAAAAAGAAAGUAGGGGUAUUGCACUAAAACAAGGGCGGAAAUUGUUUUUGUGUUGGAAAGUCCCCCUCAGCUGUCCAUUUAUCUUUCAAGUCCCAAGAGUGAUCAAAGUUAGUUCUCCCCUAACAAUAUGAAUGCAUAAUCAAUAGAAAAGAUUUUGAUAAUUUUAUCAUGGGCGACAAAUUACUUCUUAAUUUCGGCGCGAAAUUUCAACGUUAAUUUAUAUUAGCUACGCCAUGUUUUUAUGUUUGUUGUUUGGCGUUUGAUGUUUUAAAAACUCAAUUGAGCACUUCAGGCUCCUCUUAACAGUUGGACCAAACCGUAUACACGCUGCCAGUUGAUGCUGCUUUUUCUGCUUAAAUUUGAAAACUGCCCUUACCAUUUGCGCUCAUGUACGUCUCUGUGACGGAGUUUUAAAAUUUUAUGAACGAAGAUGUCAGGGCAUUACAAGACGCUUUGGAAAACCUAAACCAUGCACAAAAGACCAUGUGCAUCAAGAACGAUUUUAACAGGUAUUUUGUCAAGACAUCUUGAAAAUUCUGACUUUAAGCCAGAUGAGCUUUGUAUCACGUCUUGGUUACCAUUUUUUUACUUGUGUCAUUUUGAGCUCCCAACUGGGUGUUAUAGUUAAUAGGCGGGAGUUGUGGGGACGCUUCGGUUGGUUAAAAAACACGUGUCAGUGGUUUUCUAAUCAUAUUAAGAAAUACAACAAAUGAUGACUCAGCAAUACUAAACAGCGGAUUUUAUUUUUAUGGCAUCACUUUAAAAGCACAUUACAGC